AGAAUAAAUAAUUAAUAAAAUAAAAUUUAAACAAAAUGCGCAUUUAAAAAAUUUUGAAAAUAGUAAAUGUAUUUUUUGUAAAUUUUUGAAUUUGUUUGUGAUUUGAUUGAUAGCAAAAUUUUAUCAUGUCGAAAUUUAUUAAUUAUGCGGGCAAAAAAUAUACAAGACAAUUUUUUACAAGUGCAUUUAAGUAUGCAUUGAAUCAACCAACGGAGCAGGAAAUAAUGCGCCAAAAUAAAUUAAAAACAUCACAUUAUGUUACUGCACUUGGUGUAAUAUCUAUUGGUUUAGCUUAUGCUGCUGUCCCACUGUACAGAGUUUUUUGUCAGGCAACGAGUUAUGGUGGGACAGUAGGACAUGAUGCGUCGAUGGUAGAUACAAUGAAACCAGUAAAUGAUCGAAAAGUACGAGUAAUAUUUACAGCAGACACCGCAGCAGCAAUGAUAUGGGAUUUUAAACCUCAGCAAAAAGAAAUAAAAAUAUUACCAGGAGAAACAGCACUUGCAUUUUAUACAGCUACUAAUCCUACGGACAAACCAAUCGUUGGUAUUUCUACGUACAACGUUGUUCCAUUUGAAGCUGGGCAAUAUUUUAACAAAAUUCAAUGCUUUUGUUUUGAAGAACAACAACUAAAUCCUCAUGAACAAGUUGACAUGCCAGUAUUUUUUUACAUUGAUCCAGAAUUCGCAGAAGAUCCAUUGAUGGAAAACUGCUCUGACAUUACGUUGUCAUACACAUUUUUUGAAGCUAAAAAAGGUUUUAGACUUCCUACGCCAAGCUACGUUAAGCCACAUACAACGUAAAGAGGCUUGUAAUUAUAGUGCUUGCGGUUCAAAUGUACAAAUGAUAAUAUUACUAAUAAAUUGUAAUGAUAUUACUAGUUGAAUUAAUUAA